AUGUCUUUCUUGUCGCCCCUCUGUAUGAAUUCCACAAUCCCUGUGUCUCGUGUUCCACUCUCCCGCCUUCGCCAUGUUUGCGACCGUCAGGCCACGACAAUUCUGCGCGCAAUCUCAGCCUCCAUCAAGGCCUUGCCAUUAAACGAUCAAUGUGAUCGGAAGACCGACUGUUCUGUUCGCCCAGCCCACAGACCAGCACCGAUAUCACACAGUCGACAACCCCCACAUCGCCAAGUGGAUGGCGCGAUGUCAUGUCGACUGCACCGCACCGACUAG